UCCGGGUUGCCAUUUCCGACUUAUUUUUACGCUGACUUAGCUUAAAACAGCGCGCCAGCCAAUAUUAAUAUAUUUGUAGUGUUUACAAUAUAACUCUUUCUUUCAUUUUAAUUUUAGCUUAAUCCGUUUAAUUUAGCAAAAAACGAAUUUUGAGUACUCGACCAGCAUGUUAUGAUGUCCCCCCAAAAAUAACAGACAGCGAUAUUUUAUAUAAAUAUAGCCAAAUAGGGGAUAACACUCAAAACACGGCAAGCCUUAUGUUUUAUUUAUGUUGUGAUAUUAGUUUUUCUAUUAUUAAGACUCACCACUGUUUAGAAUUUAAAAAUUACAGAAAUCUCGUAAAUUUAAAUUCAAAUCACAUUGAUAAAGCUUAGUGUUUUAUUGUUUAUAAUGAAUGACUUUCUGUUUUAAAAAAUAAAAGUAUUGGAAUUUAUCAAACAGUUGAUUUUUGGUUUGUGUAAUUCAAUUGUUUUAUUUUUUUUAUUUAUACAAAGUAUGAUUGAGUCUGUUUUAAUAUUUAAUGUUCAUGGGACACCAAGACUGACGAAAUUUUACCGAUUUUAUUCUGAACAGAGACAACAACUCAUUAUAAGACAAAUCUAUCAGGUAGUGGCUAAAAGAGGAGACACAGUUUGUAAUUUCAUUGAAGGGGGAAACAUUUUAGAUGAUAAAAGUGUAAAAAUCAUUUAUCGCCAUUAUGCUACAUUAUACAUAGUCUUUUGUGUGGACUCCUCUGAAAGUGAACUUGCUAUAUUGGAUCUUAUACAGGUAUUUGUGGAGACUUUGGAUAAAUGCUUUAAAAAUGUUUGUGAACUGGAUCUAGUUUUUCAUGUAGAUAAAGUGCAUUAUGUAUUGAAUGAAAUAGUUUCUGGUGGAUUAGUAUUGGAAAACUCAAUGUCAAGUAUUUUACAAGCAUUCGAAGAACAAAAGAAAUUAGAAAAGAAUGAGAUUCCUGUUUUCUAUACCGAAACACAUUGAAAAAUUAUGUUCCUCAGCUUACAGUCUUACAGCUUACAUCAUGUCUACGUGUUCCCAAUUAAUAACUGCUAAAUAAAAGAUUUUUGUAACUUAAUUUAAAUUUAUAAAUUUAAAGCAUCAUAUAAUUCUGUGUGAAAUUCAAUGAACUUUUAAAAUUAUUUAUUUACUUUUGUAUUUUUGUAUUAAGUCAUUGUACUAAUGUUUCUUGUUACAAGAUUUUUUGAAGUAGUUUAGGCUUAAUGCUAUCUUAAAAAACUACUAUGCAAGGGGAACAAUAUUGUUCAAUCAAUUUUUAUUCUUUUUACAUAAUUAAUGUUAUUUUAUUUUUACACUAGUAUUUUCAAUUGGAACAAGGUGAUUUCAAGUGAACUUUAUUAUUGCAAUUUAUAAUCAUGACUUAUUAUUAAAUACGUUCAAGUGAAACUCAGUAUAAAAUUUUACAUGUAAAGAUUUAAACAUAUAAAGAUUUUUUGUAUUUUUAUUUAUGGGACUAAUAGUUCAAAAGUUAUUUUUAUUUUUCUACACACCUGUAAAAAGCAGUUCUUAAUUACAAUUUUUUGUGAAGUUUGUUUUUAAUAUCGGCUUUUCUUUUUUUUAAUAAAGAGAUGGUAAAAAUUUGAAAUUAUUCAAAAUAAUAAUAAAUUUUUUUUUUUAAAUCUAGAAUUAGAAUUUUUAAUUUCCAAUUGCUUUAAUUAUUAGUUCAUUUUAAAUCUAGAUACUGUUGUAAAUUUUUUCCCUUUUGUUGUUGUAAUUUAUUAAUUCUUACCUAUACUUUACUUUCAUUUAGUUUCUGUAAGUGUACAUUAUGCCUUUUGAUAAAAAGAAUGCUAUUUUUUAAAGAAAUGGUUAUUGUGAUAAAAGUAUUAAAUUAUUUAAUAUGUG